AUUAGCUGUAAGAGAGUUAGAUAUUUAGUAGAUAUUUAGUAGAUAUUUAGUAGAUAUUUAGUCUCCUAACUCUGUAUAUAAAUAUGUAUUAUUCUAUGAAAUCAACACACAAUUCGAAUCACUAUUUUCUACAUGGUAUCAGAGCAUUGUGAUUCAAAAUUCGAAAUUCGAAAUUAGGGUUCUGAAAAAAAAAAAAAAAAAAAAAUAAUUAGGGUUUGAGUUUAGGGUUGUUUUCGAAAAUCCUAUUUGGAGUGAACAUCUUUUCUCACCGCCCACAUAGGAGGACUGCCCAGCCGCCGAUCUACAAACCCCCGAAGUCCGGUCGCCGGAUUCCUCGCGCGUGGGGCUCACGCGCCGCCUGAAGCUUCUGCGCGUGGGGCUCACGCGCCGGCGCGUGGAGGCGCGUGCGACGGCGCCUUCGACGGCGUUCUGUUGCCGAUUCUUCACUGGGUUCUUCUAAGCCCACUCGCAUCUGUUCUAGGUUGUAAUUCGGUAUUUGUUUGUCUUCUUCGUGUUUGGGUGUUCAUUCCUUGGUGUUCUUUUGUUCUUUUUCUCUGUCCUUUGUGUUUGUUUUUGAGAUUAUGGCAGAGAUAAGAUUAGAUUCAAAAUCAGUUGUUGUUUCUGAUGUUGUUCCCGUGAUGUCUAAAAUCACGGAUCAUAAGUUGAUUGGUUCGAAUUAUUUGGAAUGGAGUAAGACGAUUCGACUGUAUUUGAGGAGUAUUGACAAAGAUGAUCACUUGACUGACGAUCCUCCUGAAGAAACAAACGAUUCAAGGAAAAUAUGGCUCCGUGAGGAUGCUCGCUUGUUCCUUCAAAUUCGAAAUUCUAUCGAUAAUGAGGUAAUUAGUUUGAUUAAUCAUUGUGAAUUGGUUAAAGAACUAAUGGGUUACUUGGAGUUUUUGUAUUCUGGCAAAGACAACAUAUCUCGCAUAUAUGAUGUUUGCAAAGCUUUUUAUCGCGCGGAGAAACAAGAUAAGUCUCUUAUGAAUUAUUUUAUGGCUUUCAAGAAAACAUAUGAAGAACUUAAUGUGCUAUUACCGUUUAGUCCUGAUGUAAAAGUUCAACAGCGCCAACGAGAACAGAUGGCUAUUAUGAGUUUUCUUGCAGGACUCUCAUCUGAAUUUGACUCGCAAAGUCACAAGUUCUCUCUGGUUCUGAUGUCUCCUCUUUAAAAGA